AUGGUCUAUUUGCCAGUGGCUUUGAGCAUUAUGGUUAGAAGGUUUGCCAAUAGUCCGUCACGUUUUUAUUAUAUCUAUCUAUCUAUCUAUCUAUCUAUCUAUCUAUCUAUCUAUCUAUCUAUCUAUCUAUCUCUCUCUCUCUCUCUCUCUCUCUCUAUAUAUAUAUUUUCCUCCUACUAUUACGCUUUUUCAUCAUCAUCAUCAUCAUCAUCAUCAUCAUCAUCAUCAUCAUCUUCUUUUUUUCUUCUUUCUUCUUCUUCUUCUUCUCCUUCUUCUUCUUUGUCAUCAACAUCCUUACCCCGCGAUUCCUAUUCUUUUACGUCCAGUAGAUUUGUUUGCUCGCUCGCGUGUUUCCUUGUUUGUCUCUGUCCGGUUAUGUCAGCAAUGAGUAAUGAUUGGAACAAAUUUAGAUGGACAGUAGCUGCUGACCUUUUUGUGCAGGCGGCAGGCAUUGACAACUGA